AUGCAGGGAUUACGGGGAUUGGUGGCUGGUAAAGGUGUUCGCCGACCGCGAAGUGGUUCGACCCCGCGUAAGAAGGAUGAUCAAUGGAGCCCAUUGUACCCAGCAUCAACGGCCAUCUCAGAGCAAGGAGGAGAUGAUUUUGGUGGCAGCGCUGCGGGGCUCCGCGCCGGCUUGCCCGCUUUAAAUAACAUAUUAGCAUCCAAAGCGACCGCCGCCAUAUUUAUCGAUGUAUCGAAUAAGUUUUUCGGUAAACCGGCACGUAACGAAUCGCCGCCGACGACAGCCGACGCGGGUCACGAUUUAUCGCGCGCACCCGACUACCUACUAAUCGGAUUUGAAACUGCCCCCAGUAUCCAGAUCACACGAGGAACUCCAGAGGGGCAUAAAGCCCUCGCAAUCGAGGAGACCGUUUCACUAGACUAUUACCGUUCGUAUCCG